UCAAGCACCUAUAUAGUAGUACCUCAUAAUGGCAGGCAAAAACCUAAUACCAUUGGGGCUCAUUAUCCUCAUGACCAUGGGAUUAGCCAAUGCUGUUAGGGUGGUUAGAUACUCUAGUGCCGAUGGUACUGGCACAGGACAGGGAGAAGGUGGUGGAUAUGUGAAUGGCGGGGGAUCAGGGUCUGGGUCUGGCACCGGAUCAGGUGAUAGUGGUCCUUAUGGUGCACAUGCAAGUGCUAGUGGGGGUGGUGGAGGGGGUGGAACUAGCCAGUACGGUGGGUCUGGAUAUGGUUCUGGGUCAGGGUCAGGGUCAGGAUCUAGUACAUAUAGUCAAGGAGGGUAUUCUGGUUAUGGAGAAUCUUCUAGUGCUGGUGGCAUCGGUGGGGGUGGAGGUGGAGGACAAGCUGCAGGCGCAUGGAAUUCCAAUGCUCAAGGAUCCGGUAGUGGAACUGGUUCUGGCUCUAGCUAUGCUAACAGGUAUUGGUACGGAUCAAGUGAAGCAGGUGCAAGUGCUAAUGGCAAUGGUGGUGGCACAGGAAAUAGUCAAAACGGUGGAAGUGGUGGUGGCUCAGGUGCUGGAUCUGGGUUUGGCAAUGCCUACCCCUAAUUUCUAUAUCUAAGUCAACCUAUAGUUGGAGCCCAACAGUAUUUGUCAUUUCAAGUUGUGGUAUUAGUUAGUUUGUUUGUACCUCUAUUACACUUUUGCUAGAACUAAAUAAAUAAAGGGCCCAACUAUUCUAGUAAUGGCAGCAGUUUAGUGUGAGGUUCAGCUUGUAAGAAUUUGUUGUAAACAUGUCAGUCUAUGAAUGAAAUAAUAACUUCCCUUUAGCAACUA